CAAAGCCAUUCAGGACAGCGUCUUUAUAGAUGUGAGUCCUCGCGGUUGCAAUGAAGCUCGCCAUCGCGUUUCUGAUGCUGUACUUUGCCGGAUCCACUCAGAGUAGAGCUCCGACGUCGUGUGAGGCCGGGCGGUUCCUCUUCAAGCACCAGUGCGUCCUGUGCCACCCCACCUGCUCCGAGUGCGAGGGCCACGAGCUCUUCGAAUGCACCACCUGUGGAGUCGAUGAGGACGGACACGAGCGGUACCUCCACCAGCGCCGCUGCCGGCUCCACUGCCCCCGGGGGACCUACUCGGACCGCGGCCGGCGGGUCUGCCUGCCCUGCAUGGCCAACUGCGAGCUCUGCAGCGACGCCAACGUCUGUGCCAAAUGCCGGGAGCACUACAGCCUCCUGAACGGCGUCUGUCAGAAGGCCUCCUGUGAACUGGGGCAGUCAGAGGAUCCAGACACGGGGGAGUGCGUGGACUGCGCCGUGGGCUGUAGGGAAUGCUCCACAGAUGACCCUGAGAUCUGCUCCAGCUGUGCGGAAAGUCACUUUCUCUUCAGGCAGCAGUGCCGUAGACACUGCCCCCAGAGCACCUACGAGGACCCGGAGAGGAGGCUGUGCCAGCUCUGCAGCGCGCCCUGCACCGAGUGCAGGAGUGACACACACUGCCUGGCCUGCCAGACCGGACACUUCAUGAAUGACGGGGAGUGUGUGAAGCAGUGUCCCCGGCAGAGCUUCCCUGACGCCGAUGGGUGGCGCUGCCAGACCUGCCACAGCUCCUGCCAGUCGUGUCACGGGCCGCGCUCCACCCACUGUGACUCCUGUGUGGGCGGGAAGCCAUCGGUCCACGGCCAGUGCCCCCUGGUCAGCUGUCCAGAGGGCCAGUACGACAAGAGCGGUGAAUGCCAUUCUUGUGAUUCCUCCUGCAAGACCUGCUUUGGUCCACAAGCUUUGGACUGUUCAACUUGUUUUACAGGUCAUCUCCUGGACCCUGAGAGUUCAUGUGUAGAGCACUGCCCGCAAGGGACCUACGCCAACACCUCCACCCAGCUGUGUGAGGCCUGCUCCACUAACUGUGAGGCCUGCCUGGGCUCCAGCGACGUGUGCACCAGCUGCUCACGAAGUAGCUACAUCUUCCUCCACCAGGGAAAGUGCUGGUCCAACUGCCCAGAAGGAUUCUUCGAGACAAACGAAGGGUCCUGUGAAGCCUGCGACGGCUCCUGUCUGACGUGCGACGCCGGCCCCACCCAGUGCCUCUCGUGUGCCGAGGGCCGCUUUCUGGAGAGCGGCGGCUGCGGCCUCAACUGCUCCCUGCGGACCUUCCCCGGGGAGGACGGCACCUGCCGGCGCUGCCCGCCUCACUGCGACGUCUGCUCGGACCAGAGGACCUGUUUCAGGUGCAGCUUCCUGUACCUGAUCCUGAACGGCGCCUGUAAGGCCAGCUGCCCCGCGGGGUACUAUGACGACAUGGAGGAUGGCCGCUGCGGCACCUGCCACCCCACCUGCAGCACCUGUUUCGGGCCCCUGGCCGACGACUGCGAGACGUGCUCCAAGGCCGCGCCCAAGCUGUACGACGGGGCCUGUGCCACGGACUGCCCCCCCGGCACCUACUACGAGACCGCAGCCAUGGAAUGCCAAGAGUGCCACCAGACAUGUGCGAGAUGCUUCGGCUCUGAGGCCAACCAGUGUACCCAGUGUGAGAGAGGCCUAGUGCUGGACCCAAGCACCUUGUUGUGUGGCGUGACUGGUGACACUGAAUGCCCGCCCAGAACCUACCUGCACGACGACCAGUUCACCUGCAAGGCCUGCCACCGCCAGUGCCACUCCUGCAGCGGGCAGGGCCAGGACCAAUGCCUGACGUGCACUGCGCCUAAGUUCCUCUACAACAGAACGUGUGUGACUGUGUGCCCUGCCAGGACGUUCAGCUCUCAGCAGGCGGCCGAUGGGGCGGAGUUGAGGGCCUGUCUACCAUGUGACCACGUGUGUGCCGCCUGUUCGGGGCCUUCCCCUAACGACUGCCUCACCUGCUCACCUGGAUUUCUGCGUCUCCAAACUCUCUGUUUGUCCAGUUGUCCCGCAGGGUACUACCGAGAAGGCUCCAGCUGUGAGGAGUGUGACCGCUCCUGUGAACAGUGCACGGGCCCGGGGCCUGGGUCCUGCCAAGCCUGCGCUGCUCCUUUGUUGGAGCUGCUGGGCACGAGGCUGUGCGUGGAGCGUUGCCCACGCCGGUUCUAUCAACUCGACGCCGUCUGCCAUCGUUGCCACAUCAGCUGCCAGACCUGCACGGGAGAUGCCUCUCCUAAGAGCUGCCUGACGUGUGACUUGGGCAACACCCUGUUGGAUAACGUAUGUUACCCACGGUGUGAGGAGGGCAAGUACUACGCACAAAAGGACCUUUGUGAGCCAUGCCACAGCUCGUGCAGACACUGUGCCGGUGCAGGGCCUGCCCACUGUCUAUCCUGCUUACCCCAUUUCGGCCUCCACGCCAUGGAGGGCCGAUGUGCCCCUUGCUGCCAAACCCGGGGGAACGACACAAACUGCUGCGUGUGUGACACAAUCACAGCCCUGUGUACAGAGGCCCCUCUGCCCAAGUCGGGAGAUCUCGGCGGGAAGGCAAACCUGAACACGGAGCCCGCCAGGAGCGAAGGGCACGCAUUGGCUGGCCUCCCCUUGGCCCUGCUGCUGGCACUUGGACUGGCGCUGGCCGUGUUCGCCCUGGUCAGGGCGCGGGCCAAGAAGAGGCUGUGUUGGCACCGCAGCUACGAGAGACUGAGCGGGAGCGCGAGAGGCACAAUGCCCCACGGCGUGCCCGAGCCAGAUGGCGGCGGCGAGGCGGACGUGGUGUACACCACCAAGGGGGGGUCGGUGUACCGCCGCUACAGCUUCUACCACGACCAAGACCCCGACGCCGCCCAGCACGACGCGGAUGACAACGUGGACUCCCUCAACCGAUCCUAGACGAAUAGACAGAACGCCGCCGCGGUGCCUAUGAUAGUGAACAUUCACACACACAAGUUUAUAUAAAUUCUUCAUGGGUGGGGGGAAGGGGAGAAGAACAGAGUAGUUUAGGUGAUUUUUAGAAGCCAAUGUCAUCAAGUGCCUGCUAAAUGCAACGCUCAGUAGGCAGCAGAAUUGUUUUAUGUUAUAAGCAGUGUUGGGGUAGUUACUCAAAAAAAGUAAUUAGUUACUGAUUACUAAUUACUUCUGUAAAUUGUAAUGAGAUUACAUUACUAGUUACUGCAUUUGAAAAGUAACUUCACUACUUAUUACUUUACUUUCCCGUUUCUUAACUUACUGUGGAUACAUGGACAAACAUCAUAGCCCUAUCAUCACUUAGUGUUUAUUGUAUAAAUCUAUAUAUAAACCAUAUGAAAGAACAAUAUCCCUGUCUGCACAAAGAUAUGCCUCACUGUAAAAUCCACAAACAGGAUAAGGUAGGCUUUGGUGUGGUCAGUCAGUAGCAACACACAAGUUUCAAAACACAGGCUUUGGGAAACAUGAGAACAUAAAUGAAGUGGUCAAUGAAAAAUAUAAAAAGGUCACUUCAUCCCAUACAAUUAAAACAGAAAUGCACUUAAGUGGCGAUGACACAGGCUGUUACUUUAUGUGGUCCAAAGGCUGAUUAACCUGAUCUAUUUCGCAAAAAAUGGCAUCGUAAGUGUCUUCCUCUCACCCUCUUGCAGGCAAGAGCAGACUUCUCAAGUUUGAAAGUAAUGCUGUCUAUCCAGUGCACCGUCAUUCCUAAUUAGGAAUGACGGUGAACUGGAUAGACAGCAUUACUAUAAAACUUUCGAAAAAAGUUACUUGGGAAUCGUAUCUUUUUGGGGGUGCUUAUCACAUUGUCCUGCGUACUACGGUGAGGGUUUCUGUGCGCCCUAACAAUUAAUCCUGCGCCCCUUCCCUUCUCCGUUCCGUUUGGGAACAUGUUUGGUUUAAUUUCGCUUGUUUCGUAUAUUUUUAUUAAUUAAUUAAGGGCGCCCCCAACACAUUUGCCGCCCUAGGCGAUCGGUCGCCUGUGCCGAUCGCCGGCCCUGCAUGCACGCACCACAACAAAUCAGAACUUACACGCAAGCAAACACGGCUUGGGUAACGCAGGAAAGCGCGUUACUAUAGUCUAGUAAAGUAGUAUCGUUACCGAUAUUUAAAAUGUAAUGAGUUACUUUACUUCGUUACCCAAAAAAGUAAUAUUGUUACUGUAACGCGUUACUUUGUAACGCAUUAAAAAUACGCGCUGUAGCGCGUACUUUUCAUUGACCACUUAAUUUUUGCGUUACUUUGUAACGCGUUACCCCCAACACUGGUUAUAAGAUGUAGAAAUAUAACAAAUUGUAAACAUUUGCAAGUUUACGACUGAAUGCUGAUUUAUUUGUGUAAAUAUAAGACAUAGCUGCAAUAAAGGUUUUUUUUCUGCAUGAUAUAUAAAAGGAAUCAAAUUAGUAAACAAUUGUUGCUGUAAUAAUGUCAAAAACAUGUAGGCAGAUGCAUUUAUUUUUACUCAAUACUUUUAUUAUAUGUUGUGCCUUAAGUACAAGGAAGCAAAUUACUGCCAAAAUUGAGUAUGUUUUUUAUAACUUCGAUUGUUGACUUGAACAGAUGUGUAAAAUAAACUAUG